GUUUGUAUAGGCUCAUCACCCCCCUUAGAAAAUAUUUUGAAAAGAGAAAAAAUCAUCAAAUUGGAUAAGAACCUUAUUUCAGUCUUAAUCCAUUCCCAGAUUUAUAGGAAUUUCAUUCUCCAUAUUUUUCUAAUCUCAUCUUAAUCCCAUUUUUUCUAUAGUUAUAUAACUCCCAACUAAUCUUCAUUCAUUUUGCAGACUACUAAACACUCUAUGAGCUGUUUCUCAAAGUUCUAAUCAAACUGAACUAAAGAAAAAAGCACACAAAGUAGUUAGUUCAGUUACCCAAGUGGAAGUACUGUUCAUUGUACUCUACUCAUGGAGUUCUUGAAAGAGUUAGAAGGAAAAAGGUUUCAUGAUAGGUUGAAUGAAAUCAAGAUGACGACGACAACAACAACAGCAACACCGAUGAAGAAGAGAAGAAGUGUGUGGGUAUCAGGGCCUGUAAUUGUUGGAGCUGGUCCAUCUGGUCUUGCAGUAGGUGCUUGUUUGCAAGAAAAAGGUAUAUCGAGUGUGAUUCUUGAAAGGGCUAAUUGUAUUGCAUCAUUAUGGCAAUUGAAAACUUAUGAUCGGCUUCGACUUCAUCUCCCAAAGAAAUUUUGUGAGCUGCCAUUAAUGCCAUUUCCUGCACAUUUUCCAACUUAUCCAAUGAAGCAACAGUUUGUUUCUUACUUGGAAGAUUAUGCAGCUAAAUUUAAUUUGAACCCACAGUUUAAUGAAACAGUGGUGAGUGCUGAGUUUGAUAAAACUGUAGGGUUUUGGAGAGUUAAGACUAACGGAUUGAAAGAAGAUUUCGAGUACAUUUGCCGGUGGUUGAUCGUUGCAACCGGCGAAAAUGCAGAAGAAGUUGUGCCUGAAAUUGAAGGAAGUGAUGAAUUUGUUGGACCUAUUGUUCAUACAAGUUUGUAUAAGAGUGGUAAAAUUUACUCUGGGAAGAAAGUUUUGGUUGUUGGUUGUGGAAAUUCAGGAAUGGAAGUAUGCUUAGAUCUUUGCAACUAUAAUGCCAUGCCUUCUCUUGUUGUUCGAGACACUGUGCACGUUUUGCCAAGAGAAUUGAUGGGGAAAUCAACUUUUGGGCUGUCCAUGUGGUUACUAAAAUGGCUUCCCGUACGCAUCGUUGAUCGAUUACUACUUGUAUUAACCUGGCUUAUACUUGGCAACACAUCUCAAAUCGGUUUAAGUCGACCCGAUCUCGGUCCACUUGAACUCAAAGGCAUUACAGGCAAAACACCCGUUUUGGAUGUUGGAACGCUAGCCAAGAUCAGAGCUGGAGACAUCAAGGUAUACCCAAGUGUAAAGCGAUUAACGCGUACUUCGGUUGAGUUUAUUGAUGGAAGAAUGGAAGAUUUCGAUGCGAUUAUCAUGGCCACAGGUUACAAAAGCAAUGUACCUUGUUGGCUAAAGGAUAAAGAUUUGUUUUCGGAGAAAAAUGGAUUACCGUGGAAACCUUUUCCUAACGGUUGGAAAGGCGAAAAUGGCUUAUAUUCCGUGGGGUUCACUAAGAAAGGAUUACUUGGUUCGUCAAUGGACGCAAGGAAGAUUGCUCAAGACAUUGAAGAGUAUUGGAAAGCCGAUGAGUUGAAGCAUUUAUGUACGUUUACUCGUCAUUCACAGCUUUGAUUCAGUUCAUUCCAAAAGAAUGCAUAAUUUUUUUUUAACUGUCACAAAUUUGGAGGUACUUCAACAUUGGAAGAAAAUUGAAGAGAGUAGUAGUUGAUUUUAGAGCUUGAGUGAGGUUUGGAGUGGCCUCAUUAUCAGCUAUAAUUGUACAUAAUUUGUACAUUAGAUUGAUUAACCUUUUCUCUAAUUUUUAGGUUGAGAUUAGAUUAGAUUGAUUAAGAAUUUGUUUUAGGGUAUUGGAAAGUAAGAGGAUUUUGGUGUUUUUGACUUUACCUUAUAUAUUUUUUGAUUGGAUUUGGGA